UAUUAUCACAAUCCACUUUCAAACUGCUUCUCAGUUCUCAAACUUGCAAUUGCAUUAUUAUUUUCCCAUUGAAGAAAUCACAGAAAAAAACUUAAUUAAAGAGUGAGAUCGAUCCAGAUGAGAUGGCUUAUGUUGCUUUAACUUGUCUAAAGACAACAAUUGAGCUUCACUUUCUUCAACCCAUCCCAAGAGUUUGUUUUCGUGAUGAUGAUCAAACACCACCCAUCAAAUCUUUCUAUGAAAACCUUUCUUCUUUGCAGGCCUUUCUGGAAAACAAAUCCAGUGCCGGUGGUGCUGCAAUCAAAUAUUUUGAAACCAUAUUAAGAGACUUUGCACUCAAAGUUGAAGAUGAGAUGGAAAUCCAAGUAAGCAACUUUGUUGUGGCUAAGGCCAAAGACGACGACGCAGUUCAUCAAAAAGCAGCUUUCCAGCAACUCUGUCAAAUCUUGCAACAAGCACUAGAAAAGACUAGAGAUGUGGUGGAGAUUCUCAACAGCCUAAAGAGACAGAAUGAUGAUUUAACUUAUCUCAAGACAAUAAUAGAUCAUCAUAUGAAGCCUAUACAAUCCGACGCUAGGAGGGUGGUUUAUGAUCAAAUUCAAACCCUUUUCAAAUCUCUCUUUGAAAGUCUUUCUUCUUGGGGACCCAAAAUAGGAGAUUUAGUUGAAGAUGAGAUCAAGAUACACUUGAGCAGUUUUGUUCUGUUCAAAGACACAGUGCACGAAGAAGAAGCAUCCCUGGAACUGUGUCUAACCUUGCAACAAGCAGAAGAAAAGAGGGUUGAGCUGGUGGAGAUCACCAACAAAGAAAAGGAGAGACAGAAGACUUGUGAAUGUUGUGAUGAUUUAACUAAUCUCUUGAGCAGAUUAAUGGAUGAUGAUGAUCUUAGAUCGUCUUGGAGGGUGUCUGACGACGUAAGAUCUCUCCGAAAAACGCUCUUUGAUUUGCGAAAGUUUAUACAGAAAUCCAAGUUUGGUGGAUCCGGAGCUGAAAUCCAAAUCAGACACUUUGUACUCAAAGCUAAAGAAGACAUCGAAAAACAAUUUAGAAACUUUUGUGUGGCCAAAAAAAAAACUUUUGUGUGCCCAAAACGAGCUUCAAAACAACUCUUUCAAACCUUGCAUCAACUAACAGAAAACGCAGCACAGCUGUUGAGCACUAUGCACAACACAAGAAGCAAUGAAGCUGCUGCUGAUGAUACUCAGUCUGUGUGCUAUCCAAAGCUUGAGGAGGGCACAAUAAUGGUGGGUCGUCAAAAUGACGUUAUUAAGAUCAAGAAACGACUCUUCAGUCGCUUUAAUGAUGAUAUGAAAGUAAUCCCAAUUAUUGGGAUGCCAGGCAUAGGAAAGACCACUUUAGCAAGAAAAAUCUUUGAAGAUCAAUCAGUUGCAUUGAAUUUUCAGGUACGAGGAUGGGUUACAGUGACUCAAAAUUACGAUGAGGCCAAAAUGCUACGCGACUUUCUACAGUCAAUUUCACCAAAUCAUGAAAUUAAAGAGGAAGCCUCUCAUUGGGACGUUUAUGAAUGCUUGGAUGGAAAGCGGAAUCUAAUUGUUUUGGAUGACUUAUGGAGCACUCAGCAUUGGGAUGCAUUAAAAUUAAUAUUUGGCAGUAGUUCUGGGAAAGGAAGUUGCAUAUUGCUGACCUCCAGAUUCUAUGGAGUGGCUGAGUAUGCUUGCGCAAUGAAAGGUACAUUAGAUACAUAUCAUGUUAUGAGUUUUCUAGAUCUGAAUGAAAGUUGGGAUCUAUUCUGUACUAUCUUUCCUGAUCUUCAAAGGUUUGAAAAAUUCAGGAAUGACUUGUUCCAUGUUGUGGAAAUAUGUGAAGGAUUGCCACUGUCAAUUGUUGUAGUUGCGAAGCGCUUAUCUGAAUGCAAAAACAACAUACAACAUGAAUUGAAAAAGAUUGAAAAGGAAAUAGAAUUGUUGGGAAUUCUAGAUUAUUGUGCACUCAUUCUCAUGUACAAUCGGCUGCCAGAACAUUUGAAAUGUUGUUUUCUAUAUCUUGGAGUCUUUCCAAAGCGCACUGAGAUCCAUGUUAAAGUACUUAUUAGGUUAUGGAUUGCUGAAGGAUUUGUGAAGCGGCCAUCGGAGAAUAUAGAGUUAGAAAGGAUUGCUGGAGGAUUUGUGAAGCCAUCAAAGAAUAUGGAGUUAGAAAGGAUUGCUUAUAGUUACUUAAAGGACCUCAUUGCUACAAGCCUUGUGUUAGUAACCGAACUGACUCUUGAUGGAAAAUUUAAGACUUGUAGGGUGCACAGUGUCAUGCAUAACAUCUGUUUCAGAGAGGCUCAAAAAGAGGGAAUUUUAUGUGCAGUAAAUACUCAGCAACUCCCAAGGUGGUCAUUAAAUGCAUUUGCAAAUUCGUGCCGUUGGUUAAGUUUAUGCAAACAUAGGUUUGACUAUUAUGUGUUGUUUAGUUCAAACAACCCUCGCUCCAUUUUCUUCUUUCAAGAAAACACUGAAAUUUUUGUAUCCUUGAAGUUGUUAAGAGUUUUAGCAUUUGUUCAAUCUUCAUUCCUUCAAAGACUGCCAAUGCAACAAUUAGGGGAUUUGAUAUUUUUAAGAUAUUUAUCGGUAACACAAUGGUUUGAAGGUCUCAGUGAUGUUGUGUCAAGUAAUGUGAAUUUGCAGACACUUGUUGUUUCCUGUAGUGACAGUGAAUCACAAGUUGGAGCACCUAUUCUCCAUUUGCCAUCAACAAUUUGGGAGUCACGACAGUUAAGGCAUCUUGAACUUGGCACUUGCUAUACUGUCAAUCCUCCAAGCAUGGCUAAAGAGAAUUUGCAAACAUUGUCUUGGGUUGGUCCAACUCAUUGCAGAAAGAAAGUGUAUUCGAGUUUUCCAAACAUGAAAAAACUGAAAAUAUUCUGUAAAGAAGAGUUAGAGCCCAGUCACAUAGGUGGAUCUUCCAGCAAACAUAUUGUUUUGGAUAAAUUGGACUAUCUAGUUGGGCUUAAGAGUUUAACAAUUUCAGUUUGUAUUGGCAGUUUUGUAACCCUUCCAGAAAUAUGUAUGUUUCCUUCACGUCUGAAGAAGCUGAGAUUGAGUGGGACUCGUGUUUCUGGGUGGGAUUUAAAGGUAAUUGGGAGGUUGAAAUGUCUUAAGGUGCUGAAGCUGGAAAAUGUGUUCCAUCAACAAGUGUGGAGAGUAGGUGAAGGAGAAUUUAAUGAAUUAAAGUUCUUGCUGCUUGAAGAUAAAAUACUGAAGCGGUUGGAGGCUGUCAAAUAUUCUUUCCCCCUUCUUGAACGCAUAAGUCUAAGAUUGUGUAAUUGUUUGGAAGAGAUUCCAAGCUGUUUGGGAGAAAUUUACCGCUUGAAGUCAAUAGAUUUGGAUAGGUGUUGCCUCCCUUCCAUAAUCACUUCUGCCAGGGAUAUUCAAGAGAAGCUAAAGAAGAAUUUUGGAAAAGAAAAUUUUGAGAUCAAAAUCCAAGGGCAGGGGCUUGAAUAUAUAGAAGAGUCUGGAGAAGAUGUUGAGGAGGAGACUGAAUGUGAUGAAUCAGCUCAGCAGGGCUAAGGAAUAUGAGAUGGAGAAAUGUGUUGAGGCGCAGGUUGUGAUUAAGAUGUUGUGAUUGUUUGGAAGAGAUCCCUACUAGCAUUUUUGGAGAAAUUUUCUGCUUCAAGUCAAUUGGUGAAAGAAGAAUUUUGGAAAAGAAAAUUUUGAGGUCAGAAGCUUUGGCUUGUUCAUUUUCUUUUGGAUUAUUGAUUGAUGAUAUUAAGCUGCUAGCAAAAAACUUUGAUAGUGUUAGCUUUCAUUUUGUCAAACGUUACAAUGCCAGUUCAUUUCUUAGCUAGGGAAACUUGUUCUUUGCCAGAAUGUAUGGAAUGAUUGUCGAUAGCUCCAUUCCCUUUCCCUC